CCCCGCUCCGUGCCCGCCGCCGCCGCUCGGCCCGGAGCGCUCCGGGACAGCCCCGCUGAGGGCGAAGGCUCGCAGGGAGGGCUGGAUCCCUGCCCGACCGCCUUCAGAGCGGCAGCGCUGCGCCCUUUCCCCAGCGAGGCUCAGCUCCUGCCGUCUCCAGGCCUCGCGCUGCGCCCGGCUGGAAAUGCCGUGCGGGGUUCAGCGUGCAUUCACCUCAUCCGUGCUCAGCCCCUCGUUCUGAGGGGGACGAGGGUAAUUGUCGCUCCUCCCCGGGCUCAGCGUGAGGGGGAGAGACGCGCGGCUCCCCAGGAGCAGCUUUGGUGGUGAUUUGUGCCUUCCUCCCCUGCAGGCAGCUGAUCCCGGCCGAGCCCGUCCGUGAGGGCGGCCCAGGAGCGGCUCGCCAUGCCCACGGUGGUGGUGGUGGACGUGUCGCUGUCCAUGACGCGGCCCGUGUCGGUGGAGGGCUCCGAGGAGUACCAGCGCAAGCACCUGGCUGCCCACGGGCUCACCAUGCUCUUCGAGCACAUGGCCACCAACUACAAGCUGGAGUUCACGGCCUUGGUGGUGUUCUCAUCCCUCUGGGAGCUCAUGGUGCCCUUCACAAGAGACUACAACACACUCCAGGAAGCCCUCAGUAACAUGGAUGAUUAUGACAAAACCUGUUUGGAGUCGGCGCUGCUGGGGGUUUGCAAUAUUGUCCAGCAGGAGUGGGGGGCAGCAAUUCCUUGCCAGGUUGUCCUGGUCACCGACGGCUGCCUGGGCAUCGGCCGGGGCUCCCUGCGCCACUCCCUGGCCACCCACAGCCAGCGCAGCGACAGCAACAGGUUCCCACUGCCCUUCCCGUUCCCGUCCAAGCUCUACGUCAUGUGCAUGGCCAACCUGGAAGAGCUUCAAAGCACAGAUUCCUUAGACUGCCUGGAACGGCUCAUUGAUUUAAAUAAUGGGGAAGGGCAGAUUUUCACCAUUGAUGGCCCCCUGUGCCUGAAGAAUGUGCAGUCCAUGUUUGGAAAGCUAAUAGACCUGGCUUAUACACCAUUCCAUGCUGUCCUCAAGUGUGGCCACUUAACAUCUGAUGUGCAAGUAUUUCCCAGACCAGAGCCUUUCAUUAUAGAUGAGGAAAUAGACCCCAUUCCUAAAGCAAUUAAUACAGAUCUAGAAAUUGUUGGGUUUGUAGAUAUUGCAGACAUUUCCAGCCCUCCUGUCUUGUCCAGACACUUGGUACUGCCCAUUGCACUUAACAGAGAGGGGGAUGAGGUGGGACCUGGGAUCACAGAUGACACUGAAGAUGAGAAUUCAGCUAAUCAGAUUGCUGGGAAAAUCCCCAACUUCUGUGUUUUAUUACAUGGCAGCCUGAAAGUGGAAGGCAUGGUGGCUCUCGUCCAGUUGGGGCCAGAGUGGUAUGGAAUGCUUUAUUCACAAGCUGAUAGCAAGAAGAAAUCAAACCUCAUGAUGUCACUCUUUGAACCUGGUCCUGAGCCCCUCCCAUGGCUGGGGAAGAUGGCACAGCUUGGCCCCAUUUCAGAUGCAAAAGAAAAUCCUUAUGGAGAGGAUGACAACAAGAGCCCUUUCCCUCUGCAGCCGAAGAACAAGCGCAGCUACGCUCAGAAUGUCACUGUGUGGAUCAAACCCAGUGGCCUCCAGACAGAUGUACAGAAGAUCUUGAGAAAUGCAAGGAAACUCCCUGAAAAAACACAGACCUUCUAUAAAGAGCUGAACCGUUUGCGAAAGGCAGCUCUGGCCUUCGGCUUCCUGGAGCUGCUGAAGGGCGUGGCAGACAUGCUGGAGCGGGAGUGCACGCUGCUGCCCGACACCGCCCACCCCGAUGCCGCCUUCCAGCUCACACACGCGGCCCAGCAGCUCAAGGUGGCAAGUACUGGGGCCUCAGAAUACGCUGCCUAUGAUCACAACAUUGCUCCUCUGCAGACUGACUUUUCCGGUAGCAGCACUGAGAGAAUGUGAAGUCUCCAUUUUGGGAGCUUCUCUAGAUUAACACUCAAGCAGUUCAGAUUUUCUUCUGGCCUGUUCAAUUGUUGUUUGAAGAGCUUCCUAUCCAAACGGGGAAGUUUUGCAUCAGUGCUCUCUAAACAAACGUAGCUCGUUUGUGGUGGCUGUUAGUCAGACCUGGAAACUGUGGAAAGUGUCCCAAACCCAGUGGUGGUGUUGGAUGAUAGGUAGAAGUUAUUUAGUACAUGUGAGGAGAAGAAAAUGCCAUUGGCAGCUCUUGGAUUUUGGCCUCCCCAAAAUGCAGUUACACAAUCGAACUUGCUGGUGAAAGUAUCCUAAAAGGCAGCUACUACACUUUAAACAUCAAUUUGAUUAGUCCAAAGAAAGGUGUGAAAAGCACCCUGCAGGAUCAGAUACAAAACUGAUUUUGGGGUGUUGGCCCUGACUUUAUGCCCAACUUGACAGACUGUUUGUACUAAGCAUUAUCACUUGCAUUGCAGUGCUUAUGCUUCUGAAAGUAACUUGAUCUCGGGAUAUAUGUUUUUUUUAUUUGCAUAAUACAAAUAAAGAGUAAUUCUUCAUGAAAAUUUAA